AUGAGUUGCCACAGAUGUGGGAAAUAUCAUUCAGGGCCAUGCAGGUUUGGGACCGGAGUCUGUUAUUCCUAUGGGCAGCCGGGACACUUGGCUAACAGUUGCCCAGAGAAGAAGAGGUAUGAGACAGGCAGAGUGCAGCAACCAGGAAGAGUAUACACUACUUCUUUAGUAGGCGCUGAAGGGUCAGAGACAUUGAUCAGAGGUAACUGUGAGAUGGCGGGUAAAACUUUGAAUGCUUUGUUUGAUUCUGGAGCUACACACUCUUUUAUUGCAUUUGAGAAGGCUGAUGAGUUAGGAUUGAAAAUAGUAGUAUUGGGGUAUGAUUUAAAGGUGUAUAAUGCCACCCACGAGGCUAUGGUGACUAGGUUAGGGUGCCCCCAAAUUCCUUUUCGAAUACAACAGCAUGAUUUUGUGCAUAACUUAAUUUUUUUGCCGAUGACUGGUCUUGUUCUCAUUCUGGGAUUGGACUGGUUAUCCAAGAAUCAUGUUCUGCUCGAUUGCUCUGCAGAAACAGUACAUUUUAUGCCAGAAGAUACAGAAGGGCCGGUUAUAGUGAAUAAUUACUAUCUGAAUUUCAUGAUAGUGAACUGUUCUGGGGCCAAAUGUUAG